ACACCAUUAUACAGCUACAACAUUUUUACAUGCACAAAUGGAGAAAGUCUUACAACUAAAGAUGAACAUGGUCACUGGUGGAGAACAGGACUCAGACUGUCUCAGGAUUGUGGUGAUUGGGAAGACCGGCUGUGGAAAGAGCUCUACAGGAAACACCAUUUUAGGAAGAGAUGAGUUUAAGGCUGAAUCAAGUCAAAUAUCAGUCACAACAUGGUGUCAGAAGGCAAAGAGUGAGGUGGACGGUCGUCCUGUUGUUGUAGUUGACACUCCUGGUCUGUUUGACACAACUCUGACCAAUGAUGAAGUUCAUGAGGAGAUGGUGAAAUGUGUCAGUCUCCUGGCUCCAGGACCACAUGUCUUCUUGCUGGUGUUGCAGGUUGGCAGAUUCACAGCAGAGGAGAAAGAGACCCUUACACUCAUCAAGAAAGCCUUUGGGAAGAAUUCUGAAAAGUUCACCAUCGUUCUUUUAACCAGAGGAGAUGAUCUGGAACGUCAGGGAGAGUCUAUUGAUGAUUACAUCAAGAACAAAUGUCACAGUUCCUUUCAGAAGCUGAUCCAUAACUGCGGAGGAAGAUACCAUGUGUUCAAUAACUCUGAGAAACAAAACCGCACACAAGUCAGUGAGCUGAUAGCAAAGAUUGACACCAUGGUGAAGGACAAUGGAGGAAGCUUCUACACCAAUGAGAUGCUGCAAGAGGCUGAAGCAGCAAUAAAGAAGGAGAUGCAGAGGAUCCUGAAGGAGAAGGAAGAAGAGAUUCAGAAGGAAAAGGAAGAGAUUGAAAGAAGAUAUAAAGAGAAAAUGGAAACCAUGAAGAAAAGAUUGGAUGAAGAGAGAGAAAAAAUGGAAAAAGAGAGAAAAAAGAAAGCCAACGAACUCGAGGAAAUGGAAGGGAAAAUCAAGUUGGAACAAGAAAAGAGAAAGAAAGAAGAGGAAAUCAGAGAACAAGAGAGAAAGGAAAAGGAAGCUGAAGAAGAAAAACUUCGAGAGAACUUUAUAAAGCAACUUCAAAAGUUGGACAAUGAAAUUCAGUUAGAAAAAGAGGAGAAGAAAAGUGUUGACAGAAAGCUGGAAGAGACCAGAGAAGAGAUGAGAAGAAAACAAGAGGCCUGGGAGAAGACAUUGAAAGAAGAGCGUGAGAAACAAAGGCAAGAAGAUGAAGAGAGAUGGCAGUCCGAGAAGCAGAGAAUAGAAAAACUGCAGCAAGAUUACAAUCAAGAAAAACUAUUAUAUGAACAAAACAAACAAAAAGAGGAUCAGCGUCGAAGAGAACAGGAGGAACAAAAGUUAAAAGAAUUGGAGAAAGGUUACAAGAAAUCUCUGGAAGAUCUAAAGAAGAAUUAUGAAGAAGAAGCCAGAAAGAAAGCAGAAGAGUUCAAUGAAUCCCAAAAGAAAUACAUGGAGGAAAUAGCAGCUCAGAAGGAAGAACACGAGAAGGAAAUGAAUGACUUAGUGAAACGUGUGACCAAAAAGAGUGAAAACCUGAAAAAGAUCAAGAAUUUAGUGGAAAAACAUGAGAAACAAAUGAAGAAUGCAAAAAAUGAGGAGGAUAAGGAAGAACUACAGGAAAAACAUGAAAAACAAUUAAGUGAACUGAUGCAAGAAAUCUUGAACCAAGGGACCAAUGACUCAUCAGCCUGCAGCAUUUUAUGAAGACCUGAU